AUGGAGGCCGGUGAAACGAAUAAAGAAAUUGAGCAAAUUCUCCAUCCAAAAAAAGUCAUUCUUAAUGGACAGAAAGUAGAAGCAUUGAAUGACUGUUUCCAGGCUUGUGCAGUGUAUGAUUACAGUCCAAAAUCUGAUGUAGAAUUGGACUUGAUUCGUGGAGAUGUUCUAAAGAUCCACGAGAAGACGUCCGAAGACUGGUGGUGGGGUGAAAAAGAUGGUGCCUUUGGUUACAUACCCGUUAACCAUAUAUCGACAAAUUUUUGCAAAAGUGGUACCGAAGAUUGGCAAGAUGAACAUUAUUAUGAAAUUUAUAGCAAUAUUCCACUUCAACUUGAAAUGCUUUCUGAUAAACCAAGAACAUUAUCUUAUUUGAAGGCUAUAGAGGAAAACAAAAACUUUAUAAAUGGAAAAUCAGUGAUGGAUGUUGGGUGUGGAACAGGCAUUCUGAGUCUAUUUCUUGCAAAACAUGGUAAUGCUGCCAAGGUUUUUGCAGUGGAGGCAAGUGGUGCAAGUAGAAUUGCAGAGAGCGUUGUUGAAUUUAAUGGGUAUCAUAAUAAAAUACAAGUACUAGGGAAAAGAGUAGAGGAUAUUGAAACUUCUGAAAAAAUGGAUUUGAUAAUUUCAGAAUGGAUGGGAACUCUGUUGUUGUCAGAGUUUAUGAUAGAUUCCGUAAUCAAUGCCAGAGAUAAGUUUCUGAAACCUGAAGGAAAGAUUUGGCCAUCAACAGCUUCAUUAUAUUUUGCCCCAUGCUCUUCAAAUGAAGAAUUCCAAUCAAAAGUUACCUUUUGGAAUGAUGUCUAUGGGUUUGACUUUUCAGAAGUAAAACAAAUAGCAUUAGAGCAACUUACAAAAAAACCUCUUCAUAACAACAUCACAAAUAAACAAAAUUUGUUAGCAAAUCCUGAAAAAAUUGCUGAAUUGAACAUGUACACUGUGGCAGUGGAAGAUAUAGAGAAUAUUGUGUCCCACUUCACUUUUAAAGUGGAAAGUCCAGGUUUAUUUGACAGCUUUUGCACCUGGUUUUGUGUUGAAUUUGAAAACUUUUCAAAACCUGGUGAAAAGAAUAUUGUUCUAGACACUAGUCCAGAUGCUGAGAUCACACAUUGGAAACACCCUUUACUUCUUCUUGAUGAAACAACUAAUGUUGUUAAUGGUGAUGUGAUAUCUGGGACUAUUCAACUGAAGAGAAAUGAAAAACUGCGAAGACACAUGUCUUUAAAAUUGAAUGUUGUGAUAACAAGGUCUUCAGAAGUUUUAACCCAGUUUGAAAAAGAAUUCAAAUGCUGGGAAUGA